AGCUCGGGUUUAUCAGCCUCGCGUCCGCGAUUGUGCCUGCUGGGUUUCCGUAGUCGGGAAAAGCUCUUCGCCCGCCGCUUAAGGCGCCGCUGGUUGAGAAGCGCUGAAUCAGGCAGGGGGCGGCCAGAUGUGCGAGAGCGGAGGUUAGGCAGGGGUUGAAGGGAAUGGACGGGGCGGCGGCCGCCGCGGAAGAGCCGCCGCUCCAGCUGAGCGGAGACAGCGGCAACGUCUCGCAGAGCCACAGCAGCACCUCCGGCCUCGGGGACGAAGACGCAGCGGGAGAAGACGCCCUUGGAGGGGAACUGUUGCUCGCUGCCGCCGCCACCGACUACAGCGCCUACGUCUUGCCCUCUCCGCUAGGCGGCGCGGCCUCAGCCGGGCAGAUUGAAACUUUAGAUAAGAGUCUGGAAGAUUUGCUGACCAGGGUUGAUGAGUUUGUGGGAAUGCUAGACAUGAUUCGAAAUGAUUCCUCUCAAGUAAUCAAUGAAAGUAUACCACAUAUUCAUACAAAGGCUAUCGAAAUGAGGCAGCUGUACAGGAAAAUUGACAAAUUAGAGGCCUUUGUAAAAAUGGUUGGAAACAAUGUGGCUGGGUUAGAGGAACAGAUCAUAAAGGCAGAAUCAGAUCUUGGAAUGUUUUCAAAUUCUUUUAAAAAACUCUUACACACAAUCAAUGUGCCAUCUUUUCUUCAUAAAUCAUCUUCCUCAAGGCAGAAUCAAACCCUUUAUGAACCUCCAGAGCUCUUCAAGACUGAAGAAUACUUCCCUUUUCUUGGUGAAGCACAGCAUCUGUGAUCUAGCUGGCCAUGACAUUAUUUGAAAGAUAAAUGAGUGAGAGCCAUGAUGGUCUUCAAGUCGCUGCACUUCUUUGAAAACCACAGCCUGCUGCUUUGCUGUGUAUCUUCAAAUGCUUUCCUUUUGGCUAUCUGGUGUAGAAUAUACUUACUGUUUUUUUCCAGUCUUCCUAAUGGGGCAGUUAGCCUUAUCAGUAAGCCACUUUGAAUGGGGGUUGAGGAAGAGGCAAAAGUCAUCUGUACAAAGCAUCCUACAGCUAAGACUAGCCCUUUCCCCCACCCUCAGACACUACACACAGAAAUAAGAGGGGAUACAGAAAGAAUACUAUUCACCAACCACCUUUUUUUCCCUUUCCAAACUAGAAAGUGGCAAACGGGCAGGCAGAAGCAGAACAUGUAAGAAAGCUUCAUGCAUGUGCCCAUUUUCCUUUCCAACAUGACAUGCAGGAUGGAGAAACCGUAGUUUUCUAUGUAUUUCUCUUUUCUGCUCCUCCUUUUUUUGAGUCCCAGAUAACUCAGAAAUCCCCGUGGGAGGGGGGAAAACUGAGAGGCCAAGCAGCAGAAUUAACAUCCAUCUUUGCCACUAAGUGAGAACUUGGAAUAUAAGGCAGCUUGUAAUAAAAGAGUGAAUUGGUUAAUGGGCAAUGAUUGGCCAAACUUUAGUACUUAGUUGAUUAAGUUCAUUUGAAAACCUGUUAUAAAUUAUUUACUUAGGAAAAAACAGAGAAUGUAUUUUUUUUAAUUGAAUGGUUUUGUUGCUGCUAGUAGUAACCCGUGCCUAUGACAAGGAUAGUUUUUUAAAUACUUCUGUGGUUCAUCUAAGUGCAAUAAGGACCAAAACUGUAAGUGUUCAUGUUCUUCACGAACAUGUCUAGAUUCUGUUCUGUAUCUUGGGGAGAAGUAGAUUGUCUAAGUAGAGAGAAGCAAAAAUGCCAUUAUUGUUUGAACUGCUGCAGAGUAAAGGAAAACUGCAGUUAUGUGCUGACUGCUGUUACAUUGGGGCAACUGUCUCAAAUCUUUUUUGAUGAAUAUAUUAAAACUUGUAUGUAAUGCCAAAAUGUGUGAUGACCAAAGCUCUAAUAACUUAAAAUUUAAUUAAAUCAGAUUUCUCAUA